AUGGUUGGAUUAGACCAACUUCCGGCUGACAUCCUUUUGUACAUCAUCUCGUUUUGUGACCUCGCUGAUGUCGCGGCUUUUGCAACGGUCUCUCGGGCGCUGCGUGAGAUAUCUUCUACGCAUCGCAGCCUUUGGAUCGGAGCCUUGGAAAAUGCACGUCACGUUGAUCCCAUAGCCUGUACUUUCAACGAAGAUCUAACCGCCCACGACGUCCCGGGUUUGAAGACAAUCACCUUGCACACUCUGCGUCUCCGGCGCAACUGGGCCCGCCGUGAACCCCGAAUUAUUGGACCGAUAAAAACCUUUACGUUGGGGUUGCCGCUCCUCGAUGUUAUCUUCCAGGUCCCGGGGACCGAACUGUACCUAUUCCAUUCGAGGACGCGAGGCACUGUCGAGGCUUGGGAUAUAGGAGCGGCAAGGCAGGUGGCGCCUCCAGUCUACGUAGCGAAGAAGAUACUGGACGUGUCUCCUGGUCAAGACCUUCCUGGCAAGUUUUCGAUGGGACUUCUGACAUCGGAGACACCAGAAAACGAUAACAACAAACUUGUCAUCGUUUGCCUUGAAUACGGGCAGGAUGAGGUCUCCAUAAAGCUGGCUAUGCAGCACAUCUUCGAAGCUGAGAUGUACCAUUGGGCCGUCUUCAUGUCGCCAGAAGUUGUCGGUGUCCUCCGGUGCAACCCAGGAAUCAUGCUUGAUGACGAGACGAUAGACAUCAUUGCUCUGAAUAUCUCGACUGGACGAAGGGCGUACAUUAAGACGGAUAUUGCUAGAGAUGACUUCCCAUUCGAGGGGCAGUCUGGGACAACUAUGGUCGACGGGUGUUUAUCUAUUGUGACGGAGUUCGACGACGAUUCGACCGUUUACACCUGCCUCAAAAAGCACCUCCCGCACAACGGCAAUACCAACUGCCCAGAACGCGUGACAUUGAAAUGCCCGCCGCUCCGUGGUGGAAAGUCUCUGCCACGUCCCGACGAACGCACAAUCGUCCCAGAAGGUGUUUUAUCGGCAGACUCGUUCUACGGGGUUCCUGCUGUGUCAUUGCAACUGAUCAACGAAGAGCUGAGCCGUGAUGUGUCGCGGCAGAGUAUCGAGAUUGUCUUUUGGACCUCAGUAAAACGGGACACGCAGACAGAAGACGAGAUGACUGCCGCUGGCCAACCUUGCUUCCGUGUCGAGGCUCAUGAUCCCGUUGCAAUUCCUGGAUGCCUGCAAGAUUCCAGCGACUCCUCGUGGCAGCUCAUGCUCCUUCCUCACUCUGGCCGGAAAGUCUUGUUAGUAAUCAACAAUAAUGAGGACCAGCCAAUCCUAUAUCUCGUCAAUUUCGACUAUGAUACAAAAACACCGUCUCUCCAUGUCAUUAAUCUGCCUCCAUUCAUAAAUUUGUCCCUGGUACACGGACUGUCCCUUGAUGACCAUCGCGGCGUCAUCACUCUCCUCGACACAAGGGGCUCCCUCUUUGCUAUUCCCUUCGCUUGA